CUUUCUGUCUACGAAGCCUAGUUUCGUGCUUUAGCAAACACCCCAAACCCUUUAUUCAGAGUAUUAUUGAAAUUGAAGCAUAUAAACAGCACCUAUCUUCAUAACUUUUGUCUCAACUUGUUACUCAUUAUUACAUACUUUUCUACAGACUACAAACACACAGAUACAGUAGAGAGGUGUAGUUGUGGUUUGAAAUCUGAGGUAUGGCUGUUUGCAGGCUGCUUCUAAUUAUGGCUCUAUUCCUCUUCACCAACUCCGUUUCUGCCGAUCCAGAUAUGCUUCAAGAUCUCUGUGUUGCUGAUCUCAAAUCUGGUGUGAAAGUAAACGGAUACCCUUGCAAGUCAAACGUGACGGCGGAGGACUUCUUCUUCGCCGGAAUAGGAAAGCCCGGCGCCACCAACAACUCGAUGGGGGCAUUGGUGACCGGCGCCAACGUGCAGAAGAUCCCAGGGCUCAACACCCUCGGAGUCUCCCUGGCGCGUAUUGACUACGCGCCAGGGGGACUGAAUCCCCCGCACACGCACCCACGCGCCACCGAAGUGGUGUUCGUGCUCGAGGGAGAGCUGGACGUCGGAUUCAUAACCACCGCAAACGUCCUCAUCUCAAAGACGAUCAAGCAGGGCGAUGUGUUCGCCUUUCCGAAGGGACUCGUCCACUUCCAGAAGAACAAUGGCAAGAACCCCGCGGCCGUCCUCUCCGCCUUCAACAGCCAGCUUCCCGGCACUCAGUCCAUCGCCGCCACGCUCUUCGCUGCAACGCCGCCUGUGCCUGACAAUGUCUUGACCAAGGCCUUCAUGGUUGGAACCAAGGAAGUGCAAAAGAUCAAAUCCAGAUUUGCUCCUAAAAACUGAUCAACUAAUUUCAUUAUUUCCAACCCUUCUUGCAUCCUUUUUAUUUUUUGUUGUAACCAAAUAAUAAAUUCUACUAAUAAAAUUUGAAUCGUUUCUUCGAAUGAUUA